AUGAUAAAAAUUAUUUUAAAACUCAUAUUUGCUUCAGAUUGUAAUAGCAGUGAAGUAAAUGCUGCUUUAAGUACUAAAAAUAACUCAGAAGUUAUAGACAUUAGUAAAUACAUGAUAAAGAAUAAGAAAAGAUCCAGCUUUCAUAUUGAAAGAGAAUCAGAAAGUUUUUAUUCUAAUUCUAACAGUUUUACAAUAUCAAGUAGUUCUAAUUUAAAUUCUCAAAAUCAAAACAAUGGUUUGAUAACAAAUCUUGAUGAUUUACCUGUAUAUCAAAAUGUUCCCCAAAAUUCUCAAAAUCAAAACAAUGGUUUGAUGCCAAAUCUUAAUGAUUUACCUGUAUAUCAAAAUGUUCCCCAAAUAUCUUUAAAUGAUAGCAAUGAAUCUAGUAAUGAUAAUGAUAACACCUACGAAGAAAUCGAUUUUUUAGAUGAAACAGCAUUUAAAAAUGAAGUUGAACAACCAAAAAUAUCAUUUAUAAAAAUAGAAAAUGAAAUAUUAUGUGAAGAUUUUGAAUACGAAAAAGACAUUAAUAUUGAAUUUAAAAAUAAAAACAACAAUUCUUUUUUUAAACAUAACCCUAUAAAGUGUUUAUCAAUAACUUUAGUGUUUAUAUCUAUACCUCUAAUAAUUUCAAUAGGUUUACUAGUUAUUUUUAUAUUAAAAAAAUAUAAAUUUAUUUAA